AUGGCCAUAACCAACGCAACGUACACGUCGCCGGACUGGAAGUACGCAAAGUACCCAUUAUCAGUAUCGCCAAUACCUGACGAUAUGCGGCAAGGCAUGAUCGCCCUAUCGGUAAUAUCUUUGGUGUCCUGCUUGUCCACCUUUGGACUUCUCGUGUUUCUAACAUAUCGACUCUGGACUUCACGCAAAGGCUAUGAUGCACCAAUGUACAAGAAUCAAUACAUCAUCCUUAUUUACUCGCUCGUACUGUCCGACUUUCAACUUGGCCUUGGCUUCUUUCUUGAGGUUGCCUGGAUUAAGAACAAUGCCAUCAUUUCGCCGAGCUCUACAUGCUGGGCCCAAGGAUGGUUGGUCAAUAUUGGGGAUCUGGGAAGCGGCUUUUUUGUUCUCGCUAUUGGUGUUCAUACCUUUAUGAGCGUGGUUUUAGGGAAAAGGCUGGAUCUCCGAACUGUGGUGUGGGCUAGCGUAGCGCUAUGGCUGUUUGCCUUCCUUUUGACAACCAUCCCGCCUGUGCUACACCCGUCCGAUAUGUUUACGGCUUCUGGCAACUGGUGUUCUAUCGCAGGAAAGUACGACAAGACGCGACUUUUCUGUCACUACAUUUGGGUCUUGAUUGCCGAAGGCCUAGUCUUGCUGGCAUACUUGACGACCUUCGUCGUAGUGCGUAAACGCUUGAGCGUUGUCAAGUCGCACAUGAACACACACAACAGCGUCAAAGCCCAGAAGGUAUCCAACGCCACAAUGUACAUGGUCUUGUACCCGCUUAUCUACGUGGUCACUACGCUGCCUCUGGCUGCUUUCCGCCUUGCAAGCUUGGCCGGAAAUCCCAUGCCAAGACAGUACCUCAUGGCCGGUGGGUGCGUGAUGGCAUCUGGGGGAGCCUUGAAUUGCCUGCUUUACACUCUCACAAGACGUAUUUUCCUCAUCGGCAAGUCGGAUACCAGCGCACACGCACGAUAUGCAUCAUAUGGGGGUAGGGGAUCGGUCUUGCGGAGUGGAGGCGAUAUCGAGUUGAGCAAAGGGGUGUCAACGCCGGCGAGUAGAUAUCGGGAGCUGCCUAGUCCUCUUGGUAGCACGGAUGAGAUCGUAGCGUUAGAAAGGACAGAUCAAGCUACUGGUGGUUUCCAUCACGAUCGCAAGGGCGGUGUUACAAUGGAGACGAGUUGGGAGGUUAGAUCGGAGCGUGUCUACAGUGCUGCCACGAAGGUGCCGCCAUCAGCGAGGUUAGGGAACCAUGCGUUUGUAGAUUACUAG